AUGACUAUUGCUGCAUAUGCGUAUGAAACAAAUGAAGCAAGAAGAGCACAUGAACUAGUAAACGAAAACUCAACUUUAACCAUUGAAGGCAAUGAUUUAGUCAUUGACGAUGGAAAAACUAAAAAAGUCAUUGAUUUCGAUACUUUUAACACUUAUGACCCAUUCAUUACAACAAGCAAGGUUCCCAUCAUAAAUGAUGGAACGGUGCAAUAUAUAAAUUCUACAGUAGAUGCCUCAUUAGUGAAAGUACUGAAUGUUCUCAUUGAAUUGUUAAAGAGCUUUCGAUUUGACGACAACAUUAAAUGCCUAAAGAAUUUAGUCAUGAAUGAGAAACAAAUUCUCGGCGUUGCUGGUAGCAGUAAUGAUGUACACCUUAUGACAUUAGAAUAUUAUAACGAACAUAAAGAUGAACUGAAAGGAGAGAAGGGUGACAC